UUUCUGAAUUCGCUCAUGUGUUCUAAAGCUUCAAUUUCACGCCUUUUUUUUUUUUUUUGAAUGAUACGAAACCCUAGAUCAUUCAGUCUGCAUCGAUUCGAACAAUCAUUGAAAUUGACCAACUCAGAAGCAGUAUGUGGAGAUUUGGUUUAUAUAAACCAUACCUCUGUAAAAUUAGUCAUUUGAAUCCUCAAAUUAGCCAUGCAAAAGUUUAAUUGCGUUGUUAGUAAUGUAUAAUUCGUUUUUUGGUUGUUCAAAGACUGUUAAGUAUGGAAGAGGUUUGUUGAAUUUGGUUUAUAUGCUUUUUGGCUUUAUUGUUUUCUCUUUGUUGUUAAUUUCUCCAGCUUUAGAUAGAGAUUAGAGAUGGAUCAUGUAUACAAAGGUCAGCUGCAAGCAUAUGCCCUCAAACAAAAUCUGGAGCUACCCGCGUAUGUCACUGAGCGAGAAGGGGCUCCUCAUGCUCCUCGGUUUAGAUCUAAGGUUACAUUUUGUGGCCAGACUUUCCAGAGCCAUGAAUUCUUUCCGACUCUUAAAUCGGCUGAACAUGCCGCUGCCAAAAUAGCAUUGGCUUCAUUGACGCCACAGAGUCCUGAGGGAAUUGAUGUUGCAUACAAGAACCUGUUACAAGAGAUUGCUCAGAAAGGAAAUUCUCUGUUACCAGUUUAUGCAACUGUUACAUCUGGUCCAUCGCAUUUGCCAGUUUUUACUUCAACUGUUGAGUUUGCUGGGAAGGUCUUCAGCGGAGAAGAGGCAAAAACCAAAAAGUUGGCUGAAACGAGCGCUGCUAAAGUAGCAUUCAUGAGUAUCAAAACUGGGAACUCGAACCAGACCUCAUGGCCUUCUUUGCCUUGUGAGAGACAAGAAGCUGUAAAUUCAAAUGUGAAGAGCAUUCUACAAGAGAUCCAGUCCCAACCUUCCCAGGUGGUGAUGACCCCUGAAGCCCCAGCAAAGUGUAUUAAUGUGGAUGAAAAUGAAUUUCCAGAUCUUCAUAAUGCACCAGCCAGUAAUGCUAAGGAGAGGAAUGUUGCUUUGCGUGUGCCUAAGAAUCCUACAAACGAUGGCACUCUUAAUGCACCAACUAGUGAUUCUAUGAAGAUGAAAAUUGCUGCUUCUUCAUCGCCUAUACCUCAGAAUCCUACGAACCUUGUUGCUCGUAAUGCACCAGCUACCAAUGGUAUCAAGAGGAACAUUGCAGCUUGUACUUUGCGUAUGCCUCAGAAUCCCACAAACGAUGGUAGAGAACUUUCACCAUGUGUAUGUGUAGAUGAGAGUGAGAAGAAGAAGCUCAUAAUGGGAACUGGCCACCUGAGUAUACCAACUGGCCAACAUGUAUUUUGUCGUCCGUGGAACCCGGAGAUAACUCUUCCUCAAGACGCGGAGAUGCUCUUUAGGGAUGAUAGUUUUAUUGCCUAUCGUGUCAUGAAACCGUAAAGACAUCAAUAUUUGAUGCAUAGUAAGUGUGGAGAUAGAAUGGUAAGCUACGCUAUAUCUCAUCUGUUUGUAGAGAGAUACAGUGUUUAAUCGAAUAGGUUUAGGCUUUUGUCUCUGGUUUUCUUCAGCAAUAACCUAGUGCUGUGUAAUGAUAUAUAGAUUCUAAGAAAAUCGCAGUGAACUUACUAUUUGUAAGAAAGCAUCCACGGGAUCCGAAAAGAACAAUCUAGUCUUUGUAUUAUUCUCUCUAAAGUUACUAAACUGUUUUGUUGUU